UAAAAAGGUGGGGAGACAUCAAGGGCAUUGCUUGCAUUUGCAUAGUUUAUGAUAUACAAGAGAAGUCCCUUUGGUUCAAACACAAGCUUCCAUGCUUCUCUGAGUUUUGUUUUGUUUUUUUUUUUUUUUUUUAAUAUCUUAAAAUCAGCCGUGGAAGGGAAUAGCGGUUCAUCAUCUCCGAUGGAGAAAUCAACCACCUUCCUCAUUAGAAGAUCUAUCUACACUUUCCUUCAAUACUAUCACUACUUUACUGCAACUGCUGCAAUCCUUGCUUUGCCAUACUCCCUUUCGGUUCUUGUUUCGCAGUUCUUUGUCCCCUCUUCUCCUCUGUUACCAUCAAUCCACAAUCAUCUCAAAGCCAUUUUCAUGGCGGCCGAGUUUCCUCCCUCCUCGGACUUCUUCAGGGUUCUCAGUUUCAAGAUUUCCCAGACCAUUUCUUCAUCAAUCUUUGCUCUUCCUUUCACCCUUUCUUUCUUCCUCGUAGCCAAAGCUUCCAUCAUUCACCUCGUCAACCACCACCAUACCCCAACCUCCCCACUUUCAUUAUCUUCGGUUUUAUCCCUUUACAAGCCUCUCUUAUCCACUUUCAUAUGCAAUUUCUUCGUGCUUUUAUCUGCAAAUUCAACAGCUUUCUGCCUUUUGUUCUUUGGGUUCCAUUUGUUUAAUGGGUUUGGAUUCUCAUCGUCUCCCAAUUGGCUCAUCUUCAUGUCAGCUGCUGGUGCUGUUCUUUAUUCCGUAAUUCUUGCCAAUGCACUUAUAAUUUGUAACUUAGCAUUGGUUUCUUCAGGGAUGGAGAAAUCAGGUGGGUAUUCAGCAAUUUUAAGAGCUUGUGUUUUAAUAAAGGGAAGGGCUUCAACUGCUUUAGCAUUGGCAGUGCCUUGGAAUCUGGCGUUGGCAGCCAUUGAAGCUCUCUUCCAUUACCGCGUUGUGAGAGCCUAUCAUAGUGGUGAUUUCAACAGUUUCUCAAUUGCUUUAGAAGUGGUCUUAAUUGCUUACUUAUACUCCAAUUUCGUUGUUCUUGAUACUGUUGUGAGUUCCAUGCUCUUCAAAAGCUGCAAAACAGGUUGUUUGAUGGAUGAGGAAGGAAGGGAUUGUUACAGGAUUGAAAUUGUAGCAGAGAAAGAUGGAAAUGCUUAUGUGAAGUUGACGAAUAUUGAAUAUCUUCCAUAGAAAAAAAAAAAAAAAAAGCAGCCAUCAAAUUGUAUGGUCUUGAAUUUCUGCAUAUGUAAAUUCAUUUCAUACUGUAAUUUCAAGAUUCAUUUUCUGAGAAAACCAGGCGAUUUCUGAGGGAUAAGUGAUCAAAAUAUAUGGGAUAUAGGUUCAAGAAUCAAGAAACAGAAGAGGAAUUCUUUUUUUCUUUUUUCUUUUUUCUUUUCCUUUUUCCUUUAUAAAAUUCUGAUAAUGUUUAUAUUGGAAUUUGGGAACAGAUCUUCAUGUAUGUUAUUCCCUGAACAAAACUACUUUACCGGGAAAAAAAUGAAGGGAAAUUCCAUAUUAUAAUAUGAGGGAAAUAUGAAAUGUCAGGAAAAAUAUCAACUUGGUUAAACUUUGGGUUGAAA